UCUUCCAAGAUACAUACCCUCCUUGCUUCCACAUUUAUUUAUAAAUAAAUCAAGGAGCACUUUACUUUCCUGUCGUCGCCUACUCCAUUAUUAUACCACCCUUUCCCUUCCCGAACGAAUCACUGCAAUUUCCCAGUUCUCGGUCACCGGAAAUGACUUGUCGUCGACUCCCGCUCGCCUUUUUGUUCUUUCUAUAUUUGGUAAUUUCCUCUCACUCCCUGGACUUUGAUGAUUUACACAAAAAGCACAAAUCCAAAAUCAAAGGUCCCAUCAAAACCCUAGUGAUUCUAGUCAUGGAGAAUCGCUCUUUCGAUCACGUCCUCGGCUGGCUCAAAUCAACCCGACCCGAAAUCGACGGCUUGACUGGAUCCGAAUCGAAUCGAAUCUCUGUCUCCGACCCCAACGCCGAUGAAAUCUUCGUCUCCGACGACGCGGUCUUCAUCGACUCGGACCCUGGCCACUCAUUCCAAGCUAUCCGAGAACAGAUUUUCGGUUCAAACGAUAGCCUCGCUGACCCGGCUCCAAUGAGCGGGUUUGCGCAACAAGCGAAGAGCAUGAGUGAAACCAUGUCGAAAGUCGUCAUGAGCGGGUUCAAACCGAGUCGGGUACCGGUGUACACCGAGUUAGCGAACGAGUUCGCAGUUUUUGACCGGUGGUUCGCGUCGGUUCCCGCGUCAACUCAGCCGAACCGGCUCUAUGUUCACUCAGCAACCUCACACGGAGCCAUGAGUAACGUGCGGAAAGACCUCAUCCAUGGAUUCCCUCAAAAAACGAUCUUCGACUCACUUGACGAGAACGGCCUCAGUUUUGGAGUUUAUUACCAAAACAUCCCCGCGACCCUUUUCUUAAAGUCGUUGAGGAAAUUAAAGCACGCAAUGAAGUUUCACAGCUACCAAUUGAAGUUCAAAUUGCACGCGAAGCUAGGGAAGUUACCUAAUUAUGUGGUGGUGGAGCAGAGGUAUUUCGAUGUGGAGUUAUUUCCAGCCAAUGAUGAUCACCCAUCACAUGACAUGGCGAGAGGACAGAGGUUUGUGAAGGAGGUGUACGAGACACUGAGGAGUAGUCCGCAGUGGAAAGAAAUGGCGCUUUUGAUUACUUAUGAUGAACAUGGCGGGUUUUAUGAUCACGUGCCUACACCCGUGCGCGGGGUGCCGAAUCCUGAUGGGAUUGUUGGACGUGACCCGUAUUAUUUCCAGUUUAACCGGUUGGGUGUUCGGGUUCCUACUCUUUUGAUCUCUCCUUGGAUUGACAAGGGUACUGUGAUACAUGAGCCAGCUGGGCCAAGACCAUCUUCUCAAUUUGAGCACUCUUCAAUCCCUGCAACGGUGAAGAAGCUCUUUAACUUGAAAUCGAAUUUCUUAACAAGGAGGGAUGCAUGGGCUGGUAGUUUUGAGAAUUACUUUUACCUACGUGACACUCCUCGUGAUGAUUGUCCAGAAACCCUGCCAGAGGUGACAACAUUAAUGAGGCCAUGGGGACCAAAAGAAGAUGCAAGCCUCUCAGAAUUCCAGGUUGAGAUGAUCCAGCUUGCGUCACAGCUCAAUGGUGAUUAUGUACUGAAUGCUUACCCAGAUAUUGGCAAAAGCAUGACAGUGGGUGAAGCCAACAGAUAUGCCGAGGAUGCAGUUAGGAGGUUCCUUGAAGCCGGCAGGGCUGCUCUAAGAGCUGGAGCAAAUGAAUCAGCUAUUGUUACAAUGCGACCUUCACUCACUAGCCGAAUUCCAGUGGGGGGUCCUGGUAACUACCAGAAAGCCUAUCAAGUUGUAGCAAACCAGUCUGUAUCUCCCAUCUCCCGCUUGCAACAACCAACCCUCUCUCCUACGAUACGAAUGGAGGUCUCAUGGGAACAAAGUGUGACAGACUCUAUCAAUACCAUUUACUUGCUCUUCUCAGCUUACUUGGUCUUUGUGAUGCAACUUGGCUUUGCCAUGCUAUGUGCUGGCUCAGUCAGGGCCAAGAAUGCCAUGAACAUUAUGCUUACAAAUGUUGUUGAUGCUGUUGUUGGGAGCAUCUCUUAUUACCUCUUCGGCUUUGCUUUUGCAUUUGGUGAUUGCACCAAUUCUAACCCUUUCAUAGGUACAACCUUCUUUGCUCUCAAAGAUAUUCCCAACACCUCUUACGACUAUAGUUACUUUCUUUACCAAUGGGCUUUUGCUAUAGCAGUUGCUGGAAUCACCAGUGGCUCAAUAGCCGAAAGAACCCAAUUCAGUGCUUAUCUUGUUUUCUCAUUUUUCCUUUCUGGAUUUGUGUACCCAAUUGUGGUUCACUGGGUUUGGUCAUCAAAUGGUUGGCUGUCUCCUAGUUCUGAUAUGUUGUUCGGCUCUGGUGCUAUUGACUUUGCUGGCAGUGGCGUGGUUCAUUUGGUGGGAGGGAUUGCUGGACUUUGGGGCUCUUUCAUACAAGGUCCUCGAGUGGGCAGGUUUGAUGCGUUUGGCAAGCCCGUGCCUAUGCGUGGGCACAAUGCAACUCUUGUGGUGCUUGGGACAUUCUUGUUGUGGUUUGGCUGGUUUGGGUUUAAUCCUGGUUCAUUUGGUAAGAUUCUUGUCGCCUACCCCAAUACAACCUAUCAAGGGAACUGGACCGGUAUUGGCCGGACUGCGGUAACAACUACAUUGGCUGGUUCGACCGCCGGACUCACAACCCUAUUUGGCCGGCGAUUACUAGUAGGCCACUGGGAUGCAUUAGAUGCUUGCAAUGGAUUGCUUGGUGGUUUUGUGGCCAUUACUUCAGGAUGUUCUGUCGUGGAGCCAUGGGCCGCGAUUGUAUGUGGGUUUUGUGCAGCUUGGGUCUUGAUUGGGCUCAACGUCUUGGCUCUAAAGCUGCAAUUUGAUGACCCAUUAGAGGCAACUCAGCUGCAUGGUGGGUGUGGUGCUUGGGGUUUGAUAUUCACUGGAUUAUUUGCCAAAAAGGAAUUUGUGAUCCAAGUUUAUAAUUCAGGUGAGGCGGGAGUGGUGAGACCCUAUGGCCUUUUAUUGGGCGGUGGAUGGGGUCUGAUCGGAUGCCAAGUGGUUGAGUUGUUGGCAAUAGUAGCCUGGGUUAGCAUAACAAUGGGACCAGUUUUCUUUGCACUUGAUAAGCUUAAGAUGUUGAGAAUAUCAAUUGAUGAAGAAGUAGCAGGCCUUGAUAUCUCUAGCCAUGGAGGCUAUGCCUAUACUACGCAUCCUGAAGAGAACCAUCCUCGCUUCUACGCAGAUUAUAUGCCUAUCCAAGGUCGAAAUCAUUCAUGAUUCAACAGCAUUUCUCCACUGUAUCAUUGGCGCUUUGGUUUGUUUUUUUUCCUUUUUCUUUCUGGUGAAUUCAAGUAUUUCUGCUCGUUGAUUCCUUUCCCAUUAAUUUGUUGUUCCUUCUUUAAGAAAGAGAACCUGCAUGUUCUUUCUGCUGUAAA